AUGUCGAAAUUAAUAUUAUCAUAUUUAUUCAAAACAAAUUUAGCAGAAUUUCGUUCGGCUAUAUUAGAUGAUAAUACUGAUAGAAUUUGUCGUAUUUUGGAUAUUGAACGUGAUUAUCUUUAUAGACAAAUAGAUAGUCAUGGGAAUACGGCUCUUUUAUUAGCUAUUAAAUAUGCAUCACCGUUAACUGUUCAUUUAUUACUUGAACAAGGUGCUCAAUCUGAUCAAUCAAAUCAAACUACUUUUCAAACACCGCUUGCUUUAAUAGCUUCUAAAGUAUAUGACGAUUAUCAUUCACAUAAAGCAAAAAAAAAACUUGAAAUGGCUAAAAUUCUACUAGAUUAUGGAGCUUCUGUAGAUAUACUUACAUCACAUACUUAUAAAGAUGAAGUUGGUCAAGAUUACUCAAGCAAAGAAACACCUUUGAUGACAGCUGUAAGAAAAGGAAAUUUACCAUUAGCAACAUUAUUAAUCGAAAGGAAAGCAAAUGUUAAUUAUAUUGAAAGACAUUCAGGAAUGCGACCUAUUCAUUAUGCAAUAGCAAAUGGAAAUGAACCUAUGUUUGAUUUAUUAGAAAAUGCUGGUGGUCUAUAUACUUCUUUAGUAAUUAAUAGUGGAAAUACUUUAUUACAUUGGUUUUGUUGUAAAAAAGAAAAUGAUGAACAUAUAAAUUUAUUAAAUAAAUUAAUUGAAAAAGGAUGUGAUAUCAAUGCAAAAAAUUCUCAUGGACAGACUCCAUUAAUGUUUGCUGUUAAACAUAAUAUGAUAAAUACAUGUCGUAUACUUUUAGAAAAUGGAGUUGAUAUUGAUGAAUGUGAUUGUACUGGUAAUCAAGCUAUUGAUUUAUCAAUACCAGGUAGUGAAUGUUCAAGGUUACUUCUUCAAGCGGCAAAUAAUCGAAAAUCUAAAUCAAGUAAUCAGAGUAGUCAAAGUAGUGAGUCAAAGAGUAAAAUCGUUUAUACACGACGGAUUACUAACAAACGACGAUCUACUGCUGAAUCAAGUGAAAUUAAUUUUGAUACGACAAUAGAUCAAUGUAUUUCGUGUAGUUCUCCUAAUGAAGAAAAAGAAGAAAAAAAAAGUAUAUCGUCUCAUCUAAAUAUUUAUCCUAUUCGACGAACAAAUAGUGAAGAUAUAACUCCAAAAUAUGACUAUAUAUGGGAAAAAUUACGAAGAAGAUGUGAAAAACGACGAGAGUCAAGAAACUUAUCCAGACAAACAGAUCUUACCUAUAUGGAAGCUAAGUCGACGUUGUAA